UUUGUGUCGCUUAUUUUAAUGUAUAGUGUGGAAGUGUGUCAAACAUUAAAAAAAAAAUGAAAAUGUUUAAUGAAAAAUUAGAGCUGUAGAAUAAUUAUAACAAUAUUUUGCAUUAUACGCCUUAGGAAACUUUUUUAUUAAUAGGGCACGGGUGAUCGGAGUCAAGAUGGAGGUUUGUUGAAGGCCUUUGAUUACCAUGUGAUAAUCAAGGUUGUUGGUUUUGGGCUCGAAUCUCGAGCAAGAGUCAAAUCUCAAUUCGCUCUGGCAUCGUUUCGAUGCUAGCUGAGCGUCCGAGUGGCUUCCAUCCUGUGCUGCGGCUGGGACACCCACCUGCCAUUCCAGCAGGCGGUGAGGAUCCUGAGGACGAACCACCCCCACCCCCUCAGAGGACAGUAUCCUCCCCUACUGGUGUGUCCUCUCCCACUUCUGCACCUCCUCCUGCACCUGUUCGUAGGCUCCUCUGUUUACAGUCGCGCUCUAGUCUUACGGUUUCCAGAACAGAAUAUGUACUUAACGCUUCAGAACCUUUGCUUAUAAAAUGGGAUAUCAAAGAAGAGGUGUCUCCAUCUGAUUGGAUUGGCCUUUAUAAAACAGAUGAAGUAGAUCCAACACGUUAUGUAGAAUGUAAAUAUCGGAGACCAUCUGCAACUCCAAGAGGGCAGAUUCCUUGGACAAUUGAGAAAACUGAAUUUUUCGUGGAAGAUGUGACAAAUGUCUGUUUUAAGUAUUAUCAUGGUAUUACCGGUGCACUACGAGCUGUCAGUCCCGUGGUUACUGUUAGAAGGUUCCUGGACUCCUGUGGACCUCAAAAUAGUCAUGGGACUGAAGAUGUAUUGGUGGGAUAUUCUUCUCAGCAAUACCCUGUAGAAAUGGUGAAGUUUACUUUAUCUAACCUCCAUGCAAGAAAUUUGAAAAAGGGGAUGUUUUUUAACCCUGAUCCCUAUGUCAAAAUAUCUAUUCAACCUGGAAAAGGAGAAGGUGUUUUACUUUUACCUCAUCAUGGCCAAGUUUGUCGAACUGGUAUUGCUGAAUCUACUACUCACCCUUCAUGGCCUGGUCAGUUUGAGUUUAUUGCCUAUCCAUCUGAUAUUCUAGACUUCGAAGUAAAAGAUAAAUUUGCAAAAAGUAGACCUAUCAUUAGUCGUUUCUUGGGAAAAUUUUCUGUGCAGAUUUGCCUUCUUCUUGAUCAGUUUACGGGGAUUCCAAUAGAAUUCAGUUUCAGUUUGUGCAAUAAAAACCCAUCUGAUCAUGUAACAGGGCAGUUAUCAUUUACUUUCACUCUUGAAAAUGGUCCAGUCGACCCAUGGACUCACAUUCGUCAAGUCCAUAAUCCCAUAUAUGCAACUGAUCUUUCUGAUUCACAGAUAACUGGGUCAUCCGUCCCAAACACACCUCAGCACAUUGUACUUUCUAGUCGAUCAGCUCAAAUGCUAAAUGGUAAUUUGUCUGGUAAUGGCAGUAGCCAUUCCGUAGCUGGGUCACGUGCCUCUGAGCCAUCAAGAAGAGAUGGGCAGCCUCGAAAUAUUCGUUCUGGUUCUGAUCAAAGCAUAAAUAGUAUUGCAGCUGCCCCACCAGCUGCUCGGAGAGCUUCUCAGGCAUCUGUUACUCGUCUAUCUAUUCCAUCAAUACCUACAACCACUGCAAGCAGUAACAGUAUUUGCAGUGCUGGCUCUUCCACAGUGGCCUUUACUAAUAUGGAAUAUGUGCUUCAGCCUGCAACUGAUUCCACAAAUAGCAUUGAACCAUCUCCUAAUCCUACCCCAGUAAAAGAGAUGGAUGUUCCUCCACCUCUGCCACCAAAGCAGAAAUCAGCUAAAGUGCAUCGUCCUCUGGAGCGAUCUAAAGCCCAUCUUGUAGGACCAAGCACAUCUUCGCAGGAUGGACCUUCAGUUAGCAGAGUGGAAAUAUCAGACACCAGUCAGUUAUCAACUCAUAAACCUAAACAUACUAAACCUGAAGACAGUUUUUUAUUGGAAAUAGUUGAUACAGAUGAACAAAAUGGUAAUACAGAUGAUGAUGAUGCAACUCCAUGUAUUGAUGGUGAUGAAAGUGUGAGUGCCUUGUCAACAUCUGUAUCAGUACCUCUUCUUCGAGAUUCUAGUCCUCCACCUCCAGCAUUGCCCCAGAGAACAUCUAGUGGUGCACCACGGCCUGUAGCUCUUCCAGUUCAUCCAGUGGGAUCUAAUAGUUAUCCUGAUGGUCAUUAUAUCAAUCAAACUCAAAUACACUGUGAACACUCAGUUUCCCAGCGAACAGCCCCCUUAGCAACUCCUGAACAUGACUCCAUCCAUGAAGGAGGACCAUCAUUAGAAAACAUAAAUGAAGCUGUUAAUUUUGAGGGGGAAGAUGAAACGCCUGUUUUAAAUUAUUCAGAGCUGGAACCAAGUAUAGAUGCAUAUAGUUCUUCAGAUCUUGAUCAUGAAACUUAUCUUAGUCUCAGUGAAGCUAGUGAUUUAGCUCGUGUUGCAAAUUCAAUGGAUCACAUGACUAAUGAUUUUGGUGAGCUUAAUUUAGAUAAUGAUGAAAUCCCUGGUAGUUACAGUGUCUGUGUACCAGAUGUUGUCACUCCGCCGUGCAGCAGCCCCUCAUCCCAAACUCUUAGUGCCAGUGAAAAUGAAGAGCCGCCGGGCGACGGAGAUAAUCUGCAGAGAAAUGGUUCCUAUGGAUCGGACUCCGAUUCCAUUGACGGAGAAAAUGUGCUUGCAUAUCCUGAUGCAGUAGCACAGGAACCGUCCUUACCGAGUUGCGCUACUACCCCCGAUAUGCCCUCAACAUCAAGAACGGGGAUGCACUGUAGUACCAGCUCACUCAGUUUGUUAUCAACACCAGAUAGUGUUCAGACUCCUGUUUCUCCUGGUUUGGUUGUCAGUCCAGCUAGUGAUGACCUCAGUCCAGUUAGCCCUACUGAUGAAACUUCUGAUGAUGGGCCAUCUCCAUUGAGGACGUCCCCUUCAUCUGAAGAGCGGGAUAACCAUGUAUCUCCAUCUCAGCCUAGCAUUGCAAAUCACUUAACUUACAUAAGGCCAGACUCAGAUUUAUGGGUCCAGAGGCGCAAUUCUCUUGGGAAUCUAGCAUCAAGGUCACUAAGCUUCUCUGCUGGCAGAGAUCAACUUCAUGUAGCAACUUUGCAGCAUCUUCCUACUACACGAUUGCCUUCCAUACCCGAAAGAACGAUUCGAUAUCAGAGAGUCGAUCUCGAGGAUCCAUUGCCCCCUCGUGAGUAUUGCAGUGAUUGGGAGGCACGCAUUGAUAGUCAUGGCCGUAUAUUUUAUAUUGAUCAUUUAAAUCGCACUACCACAUGGACAAGGCCUACAGCAUCACAGCAGUUAACACUUGGAACAGCUAGUGAAUUACAGCGUCAACAAUUAGAUCGCAGGUAUCAAAGCAUCAGAAGAACUAUAACUUCUCGCACUCAUGAGGAUGCUGCAACUAGUACUACUCCUGCCUCUACUUCAACAACAGUGCCUUCCUCAUCUAGCCCAGAAAAUCAGAGGGUAUUGCUGCUGCGCUCACCCGCUGUCCGAUUUUUGACACGUCCAGACUUCUUAAAUGUUCUUCAUAUGAAUGAUGAAGCUCUUGCUGUGUAUAAUAGAAGUUCUUCUUUAAAACACAUGAUAACCAAAAUUAGAAGAGAUCCUUCUGGCUUUGAAAGGUAUCAACAUAAUAGAGAUUUAGUAAGUCUUUUAAAUAAAUUUGCUGAUACAGCAAGAGACUUGCCAAGAGGUUGGGAAACAAAACUUGAUCGAGCUGGUAAGCAAUUUUUCAUCGAUCACACAUCUCGAAGUACAACUUUCAUUGAUCCGAGGCUGCCUAUUGAAACUCCUUUUGUAAAUCCAAAUAAACUUCCUGUACCCUUGGCCAGGAGAAGAAGUCGUAGUGCUGGUGAAGAAGAGAUUAGGCCUGAUACCAUAGUAAGACCUCUGACAACAACGACAACAGCAGUGGCAGCAGCAGCAGCAACAACUCAAGGCCCUGUGCCUCCUCCCCGACCACCUGCUAGUACAUCAUCUACUGUGCCUCAUGUUGUUCCCCAUGUGCCAACUGCUUACAAUGAUAAAGUUGUAGCUUUCCUAAGACAGCCAAAUAUAAUGGACAUCUUGAAAGAGCGUCACCCAAUCAUUGCAUCCAAUCAGGCUUUACGGGAUAAAGUCAAUGCUGUCAGAGCAGAUGGCACUGCUGCUAUUGAUAGAUUCAGUCAUGACAUAGAUCUGACUAUUCUUUUAAGCUUAUUUGAGCAAGAAAUUAUGUCUUAUAUACCUGCUCAAUUUACAAGUAAUGGCAGUAGUAGUAGUAGCAACCAUCGUUCUCCUCGCACAUCACCACAACCUUCACCUCAGGCCUCUCCUGGUCUUCAGAGAGCAAAUGUUAGAGCCCCUGCUCCAUAUAGACGAGAUUUUGAAGCAAAAUUACGAAAUUUUUAUCGGAAAUUGGAAUCUAAAGGUUAUGGUCAAGGCCCUGGCAAAAUGAAAUUAAAUAUUAGGAGAGAUCAUCUUUUGGAAGAUGCAUUUACCAAAAUCAUGGCUGCUUCAAAAAAGGAUCUUCAGAAAUCACGCCUUUAUAUUAGUUUUGCUGGGGAAGAAGGGUUAGAUUAUGGUGGUCCUUCACGUGAAUUCUUUUUCCUUUUAUCCCGGGAGUUGUUCAACCCGUAUUAUGGCCUUUUUGAAUAUUCUGCUAAUGAUACAUACACAGUGCAAGUCAGCCCAAUGUCAGCUUUUGUCGACAACCAACAUGAGUGGUUUCGUUUCAGUGGCCGAGUUUUAGGUCUUGCACUUGUUCAUCAGUACCUUCUGGAUGCUUUUUUUACACGACCCUUCUACAAAGCUCUAUUAAGAUUGCCUUGUUCUUUGAGUGAUUUGGAAUACUUGGAUGCUGAAUUUCAUCAGUCAUUACUAUGGCUGAAAGAAAAUGAUAUUUCCGAUAUGGGUCUUGAUUUGACAUUCUCUGUUACUGAAGAAGUUGCUGGUCAAAUAGUAGAAAAAGAGCUAAAGCCAAAUGGGAAAAACAUAGGUGUUGCAGAGCGGAAUAAAAAAGAAUACAUAGAGCGGAUGGUUAAGUGGCGAUUAGAGCGAGGUGUGGCUGAACAAACAGAAUCUCUUGUAAAGGGGUUUUAUGAGGUGGUUGAUCCUCGUCUAGUGUCUGUGUUUGAUGCACGUGAAUUAGAGCUUGUAAUUGCUGGUACUGCUGAAAUUGACAUCUGUGACUGGAGGAAAAAUACAGAAUACCGUUCUGGAUACCAUGACAAUCAUCCUGUCAUUCAGUGGUUUUGGCUUGCUAUUGAGAAGUUUGACAAUGAAAGGCGUCUGAGGCUUUUGCAGUUUGUUACUGGCACAUCAAGUGUUCCAUAUGAAGGCUUUGCAGCACUGCGAGGAAGUAAUGGACCUCGUAGAUUUUGCAUAGAAAAGUGGGGGAAACCAACAAGUUUGCCCAGGGCACAUACCUGUUUUAACCGUUUGGAUCUCCCUCCUUAUACAACAUAUGAAAUGCUCUAUGAAAAAUUACUUCUAGCUGUUGAAGAAUCAAGUACAUUUGGCAUAGAGUGACUUUAAAAUAGCAUUGAAUGGUAAAAAUAUUAGGAAAAUGCUUUAUUCUAUCAAACCUGUUUGGUAGACCUCAAAUGCUGAGGAGGAUGCUCUGGGACCCAUGGCACAUUAUCUGAUCAUGAGGUCUCAUUUGGGAUGCUGAUAUCUUCAGCUUGAAAGUGCUGCCAUAAUGAUAAUCUUUGAAAUAUUUCAGAAACGUAAUUGUUUCAAUGUGGCUGGUGGUACCUUUAAUGCCUGGGUCAUUCUCCUCUGCCGAUCUGUUAUGCAAAAGACCUGGGACUUCCAGUUUUUCUACACUAUGGCCUUCUAUCUUACCCUCCAUGCUUCAACUACAGUGCUGCUUUGAAGUCGGACUGCUAUUUGGGUUCCAAUCAAGAGAGCCAUCAUGAACAUGAGAGGACAAAAAAAAUUCCAAGCACAAGAAAUACGAGUGUGAAAUUAGACUAUACUGUUAUCAUUAUAACAUUUCUAAUGGAAGAAACUGUUGAGCAUUUUUUUUUAAACAGGUAGUUACAAGUGGGAGGCACAUGAUGUGCUUACUUUUUCAACCAUGAAUCAAAUUUUUUGUCAUAUGUGUAGUUUGUUUUGUGUUGUCUUUUCUAUGAGCAAUUAUUUUGAGCACUGUACAUGCCUUCUAUCCAUCUUAGAUUUGCAUAUAGUUGUGCUUUACUGCUAAUGUUCAUUAAAAACUUAGUGACAAUUUACAAAAACUAGGAUAUUAUGCUGAAGUGAAAUAUUUAUUAGCAAAAUUGUCUGAUUGCAUUCUGUGAAAUUUGAAUGCAAAUUGUUGUGGAGACGUGUGUGUUUAGGAAUCCUCAGUCUACUAUUGGAGAAAAGAAACUGAAAAGCUGUGAUGAAAUAAGAAAAUAAAAUCAAAAGUUGUACUCAAUUUUGUCGAAUAGUACAUCACAAUCAUGUCUGUUUGUAUAAUGUGCAUAAAAAAACAGAUGCAACUCCUUUGAAGAUGAUUAGUAAUUCAUUAUUAGUUUAUUAAUGUACCUUAAUCUGAUUGAUUACACUUUUGCUCAUGAGAGUUUAGUUAUUAGAACUUCAAAAAGUUAAACUAUGGUGGACUGAAGAAAUUUUAUUCUAAUGGCAACUUUUUGCCUUCCUGUGCUUUGGCUGUUGAAUGGUGUUAUGCCUUUCCAUUGCAGCAGAAAAACAGGCAGAAAACCCAUAUCUUUUUGGGCUAAUAAAUCACCUGGAAAAUACAAUUUUCGAAAUAAUCGCUCAACCACUCUGUAUGCAUGAAAGCAUUUCGUAGUCAUUGCUUUUGCAAAGGCUUGACUGUUUCAUACUAAACAAUGGUCUCAAAAAUGUAGGUUUGAAUUUGUUUUGUAAAUAAUGUCUCUAAUAAUAAAACCAUGCUUUGAUAUAUUCUCACGGGUUUUUCAAUAACUUUUCAUCUGCUGGCAUUUUUAUUGAGCGUUAACAUCAAGCAUUCAGCUCUCCAUUUGAAAGCUUUAAUUUUACAUGUACAGUUAAGGCACAUUUAGACUGUGUCUGACAUGUGUAUUACUUAUAAUAAGCAUAGAAUUUUCACACAGAUUUUGUAAAUGAAGGAAUGAAUUUGAUAAAUGUUAAGAUAUGAUAAGCUAGUUCAGAGUAGAAAUAUUUUGUUUUAUUUAACCUGAGUUUAAAUUUUUAGUAAUUCAAAAUUGCUUGAAGCUGUGGCAUACUUUUUAUGAAUACAUAACUGAAAUGAAAUUGUGAGAUCUUCUUCCUUUUCACAUUUUUAUUGUAUUUCUGUAGGUAGUAGUUCUUUUUACAUGAAAUUUGUCUUCUACUUUUGAUGAUUAAUACUUGCAUAAUAUGAUCUAACCAUUUGACUUGUAAAUAUGAACACUUCAACAUUUUGUAGGUUGUUGCAAUAUAGAUUUUUCCCCUUCUCCCACUUUUUUCCCUUGCUGUGUUUAAAUGCUGUGAUUUAAAAAUAUGCAUUUCAUAUGUAUGGGAAAAACAUACUUAAAAUUUCAUUUGAUUAUGUGGAAAUUAUGCUUAUCCAAGUACACAUAUACACCUUUUCCUUGUGUAUGAAAUAAAUUGGAAGCAUUUGCAAAUGGAUAUGACUUACAAGAAAUAAUUUUGAAGAAGAAAUUCACUAUAUGAGGCAUAAGCUAUGCAAAUUUCAUAGCCACAGUAUUAUAGUAAUUUCAUUUAUAUUUUAAUAAACAUAGAAUUAAAAAAUGCAAAAUCAUAGUUGCAAUAAUUGUUAAUUGGAUAAUUUUAAUGGAAAAAAUUAAAUUAUCAGUGUUAAGAAAUUGUAAUUUUGAAUUCCUAUGUAUGACAUUGGACAUUUAAUUAUUUCUAAUAUACAGUUCUGAUGGUGCAAAUUACAAAAGUUUCCAGUUUCAUGUAACAAUGCAUUUGUCCAUCCUGGAUAGCUAUUAAAAAUACAUAUUGUCUGAUUGCAGUUUCAGAAUAGUUUCAAAUCAUGAUUAUUAUAAUUAUAUGUGUUAUAAGUUAAUUUUGUUUGCAUGAGAACAUAACUGACUUCUGUUUCAAUACAAGUUUUAAUAGCAUAUUCUCUUAAUAUUUACCUAGUUGUACUUUUUAAAUCUGUCAGCCUUAGGACAUAGCCACAAUCAAAUUACAAAAAAUUAUGAAAAAUAGAAUCAACCCAUGGGCUUACUGAGUCCUAGUAGACAGAGCCCUAUUGUAUAACAAUAAACAUAUAACUAGGCAUGACAGAUCAUUCUAAAUAUUGUAAUAUCAAGAGAUGGAACAAAUUUGAAGCAGAAAAGAUUUCGUGCAAGAUUUUGUUCAUUAAAUAUCUCCUUCUUCCUUUAUUAUGUCUAAAUUUAACCUAUUUCAUUAUCUAAUUCUGUACUCCCAGGACUUUUCAAAAUCUUCUGCAACUUCUUUGGUUUCACAUUUUUGGAAAAAUGCUUAAUUUUCUUCCAUUUCUUAAAAUCUUACACAUUUGGUGACCUAAUCCGGUUGUACCUAAAUGAUGUGUUGAUAAAUAUCCCUUUUCCUCUUGAUUGCUAAUUUUAAAAGCUAUGGUAUAUUUGAAUGUAAGAAAUUAAACAACUCAGCUGUAAAAAAUUCUAGAUUAAAUGUGAGUACACAGUGUUUUAUUUUCAAAAUUUUUGCAGUACAUAUUUUGACACUUCUCUUUAUUUUAAGUAACAGUAACUUUUGUAUUUUAAAACAUCAAGUUUAUUUGAAAUCAAGUUUUGCUUCAGUUUGAAGUUAAGGGAUUGUUACUACUACUGUGAAAAGCACUUUUAUAAUAGUUCAAGUGCAGUCCGUAAGUAAAGAAUAAUCUGCAUGUUGUCUGCCCAUUCUUAUUUUAACCCGUUUUGCUUAUGUAAUUUUAUAACAAUAGAGGAUGAAAAUUUAAACAAACAUGCAAAUAUAAAUUUUAAUUUCUCACCAUUUUAUAUAGAUUCAUUAAAUCGUAAAAUAUUUUUACUAUCAAUCAGCUGUUUUCUGUAUUAAAAUACAUUUGCAUGAAAAUUAUGUAAAUUUAUUCUUCUGCUAAUUCUAAUUUAUUUCCUGAGUUAAUGGACAUAACAUUAUGGUAUAAUAUUCCUUUGGGAAAUUAAUCAUUUUUAGGAAAUUUAAUAUGAUCAUUUUUUAAAACAAUUAAAAUUAGAAAAGUCAAUUUUGAGAUUUUAGAAAGAUUUAUCAAAAUUAUUCAGACUUGGAAAGAUUAAAAAUAAAAGAUACACAUAAAAUUGAAACUUUUUGUGAAAACAUUAUUCUCCCAUUUUUUCGUUUGGCAUUCAAUUCAGAGUUUGGGAUGUAUUCAUUAAGAUAUUAAUGAAAUUUGCCAGUUAUUAUUACUCUCCCAUUUUUUCGUUUGGCAUUCAAUUCAGAGUUUGGGAUGUAUUCAUUAAGAUAUUAAUGAAGUUUGCCAGUUAUUAUUACUCUCCCAUUUUUUCGUUUGGCAUUCAAUUCAGAGUUUGGGAUGUAUUCAUUAAGAUAUUAAUGAAGUUUGCCAGUUAUUAUUACUUCUUUAGACAUGGCAACUUCAUUAAGAUGUAUAAUGUUGUGAUUCAUUUAAAAGGCCCAUAUUUGAUACACAAAUCUUCUGGGAUGAUUAAUUUUUUUUUAUGUUGAAUAAAUAUGAUGUUUACUGCCAUGCUUUUAAUAAUUUAACUGUUCUCUUUCAUGUCUGGCAUUAUGAGCUAAAUGUGCCUUAUUCUGAAUGAGCUUUGUUAAAAAUUUUCGUUUUUUGAAAGAGUUGUGAAGACUUCCAUCUUCAUGCAUUUUGUGUGAUGUCAUUUGUAUUGACCAAAGUGACGAAUGUUUUAUAACUUGUGAGCUGCUCUGCUAGAAUGUGCUGUGUGGCUGUUAAUAAUGUCACAUUUUAUUUAUUUCUCUGAAUGAUUGUUUUUAGCACUUUCAUGUAAGUGUGAAAUGUAAAUUAAAAUUUGAUUUCUUUAACCAUUAAGUCUUGCUGCAAAAUACUUUCCUUAAUUAAAAAAAAAGAUUGUGUAUAUUAUUGUUUAUUGGUGCAGUUUUUUCCUUCCUCCCCCAUAUCUGCAUUUUAAAUUUUCAUCCAUCUUAUUUUGAAUUUCAGUUUCUUUUGAAAGUUGUUAUUUAUUUCAAAUCUACAUGAAAAUUCUGUUCCUAUUUAUAAGUUAUACAGAUAGAUAUUCAAUAGAUAUUCAGAUUUUGUGUUGUUAGUUUUGUUAUGAAUCAUCUAGAUCUUUUACAUUAACAAGUGUCAUUUAAAAAUACAUAACAAGUGUUGUUAUGCAUAUGUUGUUUUUAUUUCAGAAAGAAAUGUGUUUUAUGUAUUUCAAAUUCUUUUAAUUCAUAGUUUGUUUAGAAAUAGUAAAAGAACUGGGUUCUGUGAAUUUGCCAUUUUUUAAAUGUUAAGUAGAUUUAUUUUCAAAUAUAUACAAUUAUGUUUUAUUUAUGAAGUCACAUAAGCUUAGUUUGUAUAUUGUAUCAUUUAAAAGUAGUUACAGGAAAUUUGUUUGAGCAUAGCAUCGUGUACAAUUUCUUAUUUAGCAAUGAAGUGUAAUCUUGAUUUAUUUAGAAAAUUAAUUUAUGUAAACUUGUAACUAAAAAGAUUUACAGUGACUGUCAUUUUAAUUAAGCUUACCUGUUGAAAUUAUUUACAUCUAUAUUCCCACAUCUUUUUUAAAUUUUUUAUUGCAAAAAUUUAUUUUUAAAAAAAACUGUGCAAUUUGAGUCUAUUUUCAUUAAAUAGAAGUCAUCAUUUUAUAAAUAGGGGAAAUAUUUUGGAAAUCUAGGUUUUUGAAAUAUGCUAUAUGUUGAGUUAAUAUGCUAAUGGCAUUUUUUAUUAAAAAAAGUUAAAUAUAUUUGCUUUUGAACUUCCUUCAUUAAUACACAGCAGCAAUAAAAUAAAAUUUAUUGAUAAUUGUUAUUUGAAAUAAAUAAUAUACUUUAUAGUAUUUAGGUUAUUUUAUCAGUUAUUGGUCAUUGAAAUGUAUCUGUUAUUUUUAUUUUUAAUUUAAUGUUCUGUCAUUUCCAUAUUUAUAAUGUAAAAUAAAAUUUCUAUAUUAUUUGAGUUAAAAAAAUUUUAUAUUAUAUGAAAUUAUUAAUAUAAAUAUUUAAUUUGAAUUUACAAACUAUAGUUUACUCUUUUAUGUUUUGCUUACUGUGAAGUAGUUGCAUCAUUGUAUAUUCCAGCUGGCCUGAGAAGGAUCGUGUAGUUGUGUAUGCAUCAUGUAUAAGAAGUAUGUGAUGUCACAUGCAUCAUAUUGGUUUUGUAAUAAAUACUGUUUAAAAAAUAAGUAUAUUAUUUUUGUUUCUUUAAGGAAGAGAAAUUUAUAUGUAUAUUGCAAAGUCAAACAGCAAACUUCCAAAAUCUUUGAGUUGCUUCUAUGGGAAAAUACUCAAAAGAUUAAAAUCUCAUUUACUAUGAAUAUUUGUAUGCAUUGUAUGUAGGAAUAUUUGUAUGCAGCCUUGUCAACCAACUAUAUGAACCAUAAUUAUAAAAUUUUCUUGACUUUUGAAGCAUUAAAGCAGUGGUUCCCAAACUUUUCCGAGUUGGGGCACCUUUUUUCAAUUAAAAUUUUCCUAUGUCGCCCUACCUUAAGUAAAACUAUGACUAAUCGUGUGUAAGUGAUUAAAAAAAUAAAACUUGUGUAUCUUUAUUAUUUAA